AUGGGAGACUACAUUGCGAAGAGCAAGGCGCACCGAGCCAAGCGGGAUGCGUCGAUCCCUGCGAGCUACCUCGCCGAUCUGAGUGCUGCGGGUGUGGCGCCUUUGCCGGACGAGAAGCUGCCGCUGCCAUUCAGCAAGAGCAAGCCGCACAUGCCGGAGCCGACAACGAUCUACCCGACGGACAACGUAACGGGCGUACCUGGCAAAGUGCUCUCGCUCGAGGACGUGGCGAUCACCGAGACGCCGAUCGACAAGCUGCUCGACCUUCUACGCACGGGCAAGCUGUCGUCGGUUCGAACCACCGAGGCGUUCCUGCGUCGGGCGGUGCUGGCGCACCAGCUCACCAACUGCUGCACGGACAUCUUUGUCGAUCGUGCGCUCGCGCGGGCCAAGGAGUGUGAUGACACCCUCGCUUCGACCGGCAAGCCGAUCGGCCUGCUGCACGGUUUGCCCGUCUCGCUCAAGGACCAGUUCGACAUCAAGGACACCGAGAUGACCAUGGGCUAUGUCGGGUGGAUCGGGCGUGUGGCCAAGAGCAACAGCGUGAUCACGGACGUGAUUCUGCGUGCGGGUGGUGUGCCGUAUGUGCGCACCUCGAUCCCGCAGAGUCUGAUGCGGUGCGAGACGCACAAUCACAUCUUCGGCCGUACGGUCAGCCCGUUCAACCGCAGCUUCACGCCCGGCGGAAGCAGCGGUGGCGAAGGCGCACUCGUCGGCAUGCACGGCAGCCCGCUCGGCCUGGGCACGGACAUUGGAGGGUCGGUGCGUGUGCCGUCGGCGUUCAACGGGCUGUGGGGCAUGCGUCCUUCGAUGCAUCGUGUGCCUUAUGAGAACGCUGCCAACUCGUUCCUCGGUCAGGAGAGCGUCAGUUCUGUCAUCGGACCGCUCACGCACUCGCUCGAGGGCGUCGUGACGUUCAUGCGCGCCGUGCUGGCCGAACGACCGUGGGAACUCGACCCGAUUCUCGUCUCGAUGCCGUUCAACGAAGAUGCCUAUGCGCUCAAGGACCUUCAGCUCAAGAAGGGCAGUUCCGAGCCCACCGAGGCUUAUGCGGCUGGAAAGACGCAGUUGUGCUUUGCGAUCGAGUGGGACGAUGGAAUCGUGCACCCGCACCCGCCCAUCACGCGCGCGCUGCGCGAGACCAAAGCGAAGCUCGAGGCGGCCGGACACAAGGUGAUCGACUGGAUCCCCUACGACCAUCUGCGCGCUUACGACAUCAUCGGCCGCAUCUACAGCGCAGAUGGUGGCGAAGACAUCCGUCGAAGCUGCGAGCAGGGCGGCGAGCCCGUCAUGUACAACCUCAUGGCGGAUGGAAAGGAGGCCAAGCAUCUGUCGACGUACGAGUCGUGGCAGGUGAACCGCGAAAAGAGCGCAUACCGCAAGGAGUACCUCGACUACUGGCAGGCGACUAAGGACAAGACGGGGACAGGAAGGCCCGUGGAUGCCAUCAUCGCACCCGUGAGCAACUGGGCAAGCUGCCCACACGAUACCAACGACCAUGUCUCGUACACGACCCAGUGGAACUUGCUGGACCGCCCGUGUGUGGUGUUCCCGGUCGGGUUUGUCGAUCCCGCCAAGGACCCCAAGACGGCGCUCGACAAGCCCUACACCGGCCUCCCCGACAAUGCCGACCAGGAGUACUGGGACCGAUACGAUCCGGAGCGAUGGGCGGGGAUGCCGAUCAACCUGCAGGUGGUGGGCAAGCGGCUGCAGGACGAAGAGCUGCUUGGACUUGCCAAGGUCAUCCGCGACGCCGGCGCCACGCUGCACUAG